AUGGGCGGCUCAGGAAAAGGGAAGGAUGGACCUACCUCUUCGACUUCCACCGCUGCCACCGCGAAUCCCGACGUGGUGAGGGAUAACUAUAUCCCCCUCUUCGAUGGACAGCCCAGCUCCUACAAGGAGUAUCGUAAGAGAGUGGCGCUGUACUUCAAGAAGAUGAGUUUGGCAAGCAAGAAGACGGAGGCCACCAUCAACCUCCUUACCUCCCUCAACGGGCCCGUCUGGAAACAGGUGGAGCACCUCGCCGAGACGGCCCCCGACGACGAGAAUGGUUUCAACAUCGUGCUGCAGGAGCUGGACCGGGUUUACCAGUAUGACAGCAGGGUCGAAAUGCUGAAGGCCUUUGAGCGCUUCUUCUACGGCAUCAACAGGCCGUACGGCCAGACCCUCAUCCAGUACUGCUCCGACCACAGGGAGGCCGCGAGGGAGUUGGAGCGCCACGACGUGAAGCUUCCGGACCCAGUUGGAGGCUGGCUGCUGUUGAGGAGGGCAGCCCUUACAGCAGAACAGCGACAAUUGGUCAUGAGCCAAGUGGACAACAAGAAGCUCAGCGUGAACACAGUUGAACAGGCGCUGUUCUAUUUGUUCGGCCAGGACUACCGGUCAGGCCGAAGCGAGCCACGCCCAAGCGGAAAAGGACGGGGAACCUACCCCCACCGCUGGAGUUCCUACAGGACACACUCCCCGACCUAUCCGGCGGAGGACGAGGAGCCCUACUACGAUUACUACGAGCCGGAGCACCAGGAGGACCCUCACGAGGCCCAGUACUAUGAGGACGAGCCGGAUCCCUAUGACGAGGAGGAUCCGGAGGCCACGGACCUUGACCCCUAUGACGGCAACUACGUGGCUGAUGAAGAUGAAGCCGACGAGGUGGUAGAGGAAGCCUAUGCUGCCUACCUGGAUGCAAGGCGAAGGUUCGCCGAAGUCAAGGCGGGACGCGGCUACUACCCGGUGGUGGCAAUGGUUGACCCGCCGGGAAGUCAGAUGCCACUGGCCGCGAUGCCCUCCAAGGGCAAGCCGCAGAAAGGAAAAGGAAAGCCCAAGGGCGCUGGACGUGGGAAGUUUGGUGGACCACGUGGGCCUGCCCAACCUCCAAAAGGGGCAGCCCGAGCAGACGGCGGUGCCUCAUCCAUGGUUGGUGGCCACGACUACGUCAUGGAGGUCAUCACUGAGUAUGUCGAAAAGGGAUUGGACCCCGAGACCAUCGCCUUCACCCAGACCAACAAGAGCUUCCUGUUCGGAGGCGACCACCGCUGCUUGGCCGACUGGAGUGUCCACCUCCCAGUCUGGAUCGGUGGAACCAAGGGCCGCAUUCAGUGCUUCCUGGUGGAAGGAGCAAUGCCCAUCCUUGUCGGACGGCCCUUGCUGAAGGCGCUGAAGGUGAAGGUUGACUAUGACACCGAUAUGGUGUCAGUGCUGGGAGAACCCUGGACCUCAGUUCUAAAAGGGCCUAAGGGAGAACACCUCCUUGCUUUGGACGACGGCAUGAGCGAGGACACCCUCCAUGUCGACUAUGACUUCGAUUACGUCACCGACGACUGUGUGGAGGACUUCCUUGCCGAUGGCAUCCUCCAUAGCCUGGGAGACUACCUUAAGCAGACGGGCCGCGCGGGCCCUGUCUUCACCCUGGACGAGAUCAUGAUGGAGGAGGACGAGCCUGCGAUCAACGUGCUGGACGACAAUGCCAAAGAGUUGAGGGAGAACUCCAAACUCGCCCCGGCGGUUGAGUGCCCAGUCCCGGUCACUCUGUGGAAGAGCAUCAUCUUCGGCAUCAACCGCUCAAAGAACAGCCUCAAUAGGCAGCUGGAAGCGGCUUACCGUGCCUCUGAUGAGACCUGUGCUCUCUUCUGGGAGGUGUACAGUGGCUCUGGAAAUUUGGCCGCCGCCAUGCGGCAGUAUGGAUUCCAGACCCGGACUUUCGACCUCCCCGAGUGGAACUUCGAGGACGCCAGCCACAGAAGAUCCUUCUUCGACCUACUCGAGAAGGAGAUGCCACACAUAGUGUGGCUGGCCCCUCCGUGUACCAAGUGGUCACCACUUCAGAACCUCACCAGGCGGACCCAGGAGGACCUCGAUGUGCUGCAGGCCACCAGGGACUACGAACAUCAUACCCACCUCCUCUUUGUGAGACGAGUUUUUCUGCGUAUGGCCCAAUUGGGUAUAGCAGUCAUUGAGCACCCCCAGAACUCCAAGGCAUGGAGCACCCCGGCUCUGCAUGAUCUGGGGUUGGAGGUCAUCGUGGACCAAUGUGCCCUGGGGGCAGCCUUUCCGGAUGCCCAAGGAAACUUGGUUCCCAUUAAGAAAGCUACGAAGCUGGUUGUGAACCACCAGCUGCUCACGGAGACCCUGGGAGUCUACAGAUGUGACGGAACCCACCGCCAUCAGACCCUAGCUGGGUCAACCGGACUGAUAGGAUCGAGGGCGAAGGCGGCUGGAAUCUACCAGCCGAAGAUGUGCGGCUUCAUUGCGGAAGCCCUCCAAGGAGCCUACUACGCGCACUUCGUCUACGGCAACUCUACAGCAGAAGAGGCCCUGCCAGCCUCUGAUGUCGAUAUGGAAGAAUACGAGCCGUCAGACGCACCACCGGAAGAUGACGAUCUUUACCCCCCGAAGACGGAAGACGACCCCGAUGACAUUGACCUCCCGACCAACCAGGACAUGGAGGCGGAGUACAACUUCGGAAGAGGAGAGCCGAGGAACCUUGGACAUCCCAACAAUCGGGAUUUGCGAGUAGUGCUGGCUCAAAGUGGAGCCAACAGGCUGGUGGCGGAGACAGCCGAGAACUACCAGUGCCCCACCUGUCGAAAACUAGCACCUCCUGUGCAAGUACCCAAGACAACGUUGCGGACAACCUUCCGAUUCAACGAAAGACUAUUGUCCGACACUGUGUGGCUACAGGUACUGGACAAGACCGUCCCGGUCAUCACCAUGAUGGAUGCUGCGACACGCUAUGUUGCCGCCAGAGUGGUUCGACGGGAGACCUCUACGGAGUUCCUACAGGCUCUUGAAAGAGGAUGGAUCCGCGUGUUUGGACCACCGAGAACUCUGUUCGUGGACAGCCACCGAGCUUGGGGUAGUGACGAGGUGAUGCGCUACGCUACAGAGCACGGAGUCGAGCUGGUGAUCUCCCCUGCAAAAGCUCACGAGCGUCUAGCCCAGCUGGAGCGCCGACACCAAGUAUUGCGGAGGGCAGUGGAACUGUACCUGGAGGACAAUCCACCCACAGGUCAAGAGAGUCUGGUCGAGGCCCUUUGCUUUGUGAUACCCCAGCUCAACCAGAGCCUCUCGGUUGGAGGUUUCAGUCCCACGCAAUGGGUGCUUGGCUACCAGCCUAACAUCCCCGGCAGCCUCCUGGACUCCAACGUCAACUACAGCCACUUGGACCCCACCGAAGCUUUCCAGCACAAGAUGCAGUGCCGCGUGAGAGCGGCCACGGCGGUGGUGAAAGCGGACAAUGAUCUACGCCUACGACGAGCUCUACUACGACAACACCGCGGCAACCCGCCACGCAUGCUGGUCGGGCAAAAGUGCUUCUACUGGCGGGAGGCUGCGGGAUCCGGUCCCCGCAUCCGAUGGAAGGGACCAGCGACCGUCGUCCUCGUCGAAUCUCAGCGAGGUCCGGACCACCCACCUACAGUCUACUGGCUGGUGCAUGGGUCUGCCCUGAUUCGAGCAGCCCCUGAGCAUGUCCGACCCGACAUGGAGUCAGACACCUUGGCAGCCGACACCCCGGCGUUGCACACCAUGGUGCGUCACGUGCAAAAUCGCGGCACCACGGUGUACCUCGACCUUUUCAAGACCAACAAGAAGCGGCGCCGGGAGGACCUGGCCCAUUCCGAUGACGAGGCCAUGGACGAUGACAACGACAACCCGCCGCCUCCUCCUGGCCAGCCUCCACUACUACCACCGCCACCGUCACAGACCGCGAGCUCACCUACCUGGCCGAGUCUGCCCGACUCGUCGGAUCUCCUGGACAGCGAGGGCAAUUUCCCGGACACUCCCAGCCCUUCCUCUCGGCCCCGCGGCCCGCCACCGCCUCGACCUCAACACGCCCCCCAGGAUCACGCUGGCGGCCCGCCAGCGGGGCCCACCCCUACUGAGGCAGCCAGCACUCCAGUGCCUCACGAAGAAGGCCACAACUACGGCACCUACUACAGCAGACCGACCUGGUACCGCUACAGGAGGCGCGGCCCCGAAACCUUUGACCAGAAGCGGGCGCGCAUUGACCGAAGCGAGACCAUCAGCCACGUGGUGCACCCUACCUUCCGCACCCCGGCCACACCGGAGACUUUUGAACAGAGGAGGUCACGGAUCGACCGGAGCGAAACCAUCAGCUACGGACCUAAGGGACCGGGGACACCUUCACGACCACAACCGUACGGCCCCACCACAGAACAUGGAUUCCUCGUCGACGUCCUGGAGCCAGAGGCCACAGAUGCUGCUCCCGAAGCCGGCCUUCCUUCGGGGUGGUACGCGGACGAGCAUGGAUAUCUGGUGUUGGAGCCAAUCCAUGACACCUGGGAGCUGAAGGGCAACACCCUGAUCCGGAAUCACUACGUGGCUCGGGACUCCCUCUUCAACCCCCGAGAGACCGGAGACUGUCCCAUCCCAGAGGAGAUGCUGGCGAAGGACCGUACUACCCGUCGAGGAAAACAUUGCCACCAGGAUCGCUGGAGGAACUCCCCCACUCCCGGCACCGACCAAGACUGGACGGGCCAAACCUCGUUCAAGAUCCUGACACGCCACCGACGAGAAGCUCAGCAGGCCUUCUACGCGGCAUCCCAUGGAGCCACUACCCACGCCGGUACCAAGGAGAAAAGGCAGAAAGAUGCUCGGGCCAACUUGAGCGAAAGAGCUAUGUCUUUGGCAGACAGGGUGGCGUUCGUGCAGGCGAAGAAGAAAGAAUUGGAAUCGUUUUUCACGAACCACGUUUGGGAAUUUGCGACCGAAGGGGAGGCUCCAGCGAACCGAGUGCUGAAGGCCCAUUUCAUAUUGAAGUGGUCAAAGCACCCGGAUGGAAGCCCCCGAGCGAAGGCCAGAUUGAUCACGCAAGGCUUCCGCGACCCGGACGCCUUGGCAGGCCUUCUGGACUCUACCAGCCCGACGUUGUCACGCCUGGGGAGGACCACGCUUAUGUCAUUGGCUUCGCUAAAGUCCUGGAACACCUUCAUCGCCGACAUUACCACCGCCUUCCUCCAAGGAAAGGAGCAUCCUGCCUCGAGAACGCUGUGGAUACGGCUACCGGCUGAUGCCAGGGCGCUGCUUGGCAUCUCAGACCCAAGGGUUCUGAUGAGGCUUCGCAAGCCAAUGUACGGCCUCUCCGAUGCGCCCCGCGCAUGGUAUGAGGAAGCGUCGCGGAGACUGCUCUCCCUCGGGUUUACCAAACACCCUCUUGACGGAUGUCUCUACCUUUGGUUCGAUACCGAACUCCGAUGCGCGAUCGGCCUCCACGUGGACGACUUGCUCGGGAUUGUGGAACCCGCGUGGUCCUCCAAGGUGAAGGAGGAUCUGCAGGGCCUGUUCGCUUUCAGAGACUUCAGAGAAGACCAGGAGAACUUUGACUUCCUGGGAACACAGGUUUCCCGACAACCCGACGGCGGAUUGGCAUGUGGCCACGAGGAGUACAUCAAUAAGGUGAAGCCCAUCGCCCUGGAAAGAGGCCGACAAGCUGAUCCGGACAGCCCCGCCACCGACAAGGAGAAGACUCAGCUCAGAGCCUUGGUGGGUGCACUCCAGUGGGCGGCCACUCAGACCUCCCCACACCUCCAAGUGCACACCUCCAUGCUGGCGGGAGAGGUCCCAAGAGCUACGGUGUCCACCAUUCUGGCGGCCAACAAAGCACUACGCUUUGCCAAGGCGAACUCUGACGUGAAGCUCCUCUACCCGCCCAUCCUGGAUAACACUGAGGACAUCGUUUUCCUUGCCUACUCCGACGCAGCCUUUGCCAGCCGCGCCGACAUGUCGAGUCAAGGAGGAUACAUGGUGUGCCUGACUCAUCGGGCCAUCCUUGACGGGGGCAUCAGACAGGCGGCUGCCGAGGCCACGGAUUGCCUACACUUUGUGAUCACGUUCUGGAAGGCGAUGCUGGACCCGAGCUACAAGAUCAACAGCGACGAGCAGUGCUUCCGCUGGAAGAACGAGAGCCUCCUCGUGAUCGAUGCCAAGUGCCUCUACGACAUCCUACAUCGCGAGGAGCUCUACGUCUCCAGCACCGCGGAUAAGCGAACGUGCCUUGAGGCCCUGGUCACCCGGGACAAGCUAAAGGAGAUAGGUGGCAGCGUUCGCUGGGUAUCCUCGGAAUGCCAGUACGCGGAUGGCCUCACAAAGGAUUCGGCGACCCAGCUGUUGGCAGACCGUUUGAGGACGCACCAGCAUAAGAUCACCGCCGACGAGAGCUACCAGGCCAGCCGAAAGAAGGAUGCCGGCGAGCGAGCGAGGAGCGCAAACCAGUUCGCGCGGCCUAAGGCUGCGGCGUCUGCAAUUGCGGCCACCGCCUUCUUCGCGACACCCUCGGCCGCGACAAGGACGGAGGACAUGACGGCCCUCAUCCUCUACAGCUUCCCCGAGGAGAUCACCUACUACGAGACCGGUGCCUACGUGUUUGCGAUUCUGCUGGUGGCGAUGGUGCUGAUCUACUGGCACCCCUGGACGAAGUGGACAUUUUUGCGGUUCCCGAGAACCGCCCCCUGUUCGACAGAGGCCACCACACAGACCGGGAAUUCCAGCACCAACAAGGGUGCCCAGACCGAUGCCACGUACCUUGUCCAGCCCUUCCCGGAGAUGAGGACUUUCCGGCACCGUGGCGUCCAGACGGACAGCCUUUCACGGACCAGCAGGCAUUCAUCUCUUGAGACGGUGCUGCUGGAGCUGGCCACAGUGCGUGACCAGAAUGGUAGGCUGGCCGCUGCUGUUCGACAACAACAGCAUCUCAUCGACUACCACACAAGCAACCGCCUCAGCCACCACCACGUUGGGGACAUCUACGUGACUCCACAUGGCCGGGUGUGGCACACCAGCGAUGUUUGUGCUCAGAGUCGCACUGAGAACAGGGUGCAGACUAGGGCCCCAUGCUCCUACUGCACAGACUCCUGGAUACCAGUACCUGCCCACCUCACGUACAACCCCAACUUCCGGCUUCAGCGUGUGCCAGAUCAGGACCCC